UUAGCAACUCAUCAGCAAGUGAUGCAUUUCUUUCCUCGUCCUUUGAUCCUUUCAUUCUUUGUUCCGUAUCGUUGGCGAUUGAGGGACCACAAGCUGAGAUUGUGGUUCAAAUUUGUUCAAUCUUUUCUCCAUGGUCCGCAUCACUUCCAACCUCAAAGUCUUACCUACCCUCACUCUUUUCUCCGCCUCGCUCCUCCCUCAUGUGCUCAGUUUCAAGCGAGGCUUCAAUUAUUUAAGGAAAUUCUAUCUUCAGUGAUUCUCAACUGAAGCCAAGCUCACCUGAAAGUAGAAUUUCCUGUGGUUCUAAAUCAUGGCCAAACUAAAUGGGGUCAUUUAUUCAUCAGAAAAAUUGCCUCACCUCCCUAAGUUAUCCACCAAAACACAGCGAGUCAGUCAUAAACAGAGCAGUUUACAUCACUCAGCAUCAAAACUGAAGUUCUCUUCCAAGGGAUUGUGGCCUUAUGGUAGAAAAAUAUAUUCAGAUACUCUCAUUGGAUCUCGAGGAUCUCCUUUGGUAUGUCAAUCAACCGAAACACACAAUACAGAAACAAGAAAACGGAUGGGACACUUUGGUGAUUGUUCAAAUACCUCAAGCACACAUGGCGAAGAUGAGAGUUCCAUGGAGACUGUGAAAAACAUAUCUUCUGGUCUAGGAUUGGCUGAAGCAUGCAAAUAUGUUUCUAAUGAUGCAAAAUUCGUGAAUGAAAGGGCUAGAAGUGACAUUGUACUUCUUUCACGAGGCAUUAUGAAAUUGGAUGCCCGUGCACGGCAAGAUGUUGCUUUUCUUGGUUCUGAGUUUCUCAAGCUUGAUGCACGAGCCAAGGAAGAUACUGUAAAGGUCGAUCAUAAUGUAAAGCGAAAAGCUGAAAGGCUUCAUCAUGUUGCAUCUAUAUUGAAGAACAUAGCUCAAUCCAGAUUGAAAAGUGCUGCUGACAAGCACUGGAAUAAUGGUGCAUUGGAGGAUAUGAGCAUCUGGCAUGCCAACAUCUUCCCCUCACUCGAUUUAUCUCCUGACUGGAAAGUCAUUCAUUUGCUCAGGAGAAAAGUUUCUAAAAACAACGAUGAGGUAGCAAGCCGUAUAACACUUGAAAAGAAUGGGAAAACUCUCGGCUUUUUCCCUGGAGAAGUAUCAACAGAUCGCAUUAAUGCCAUUCAGGAAGCUUAUUGGAGUAUAGCUUCUGCACUUUCAGAAGCCGAUGGAAUUGACUAUACUGAUCCCGAAGAGCUGGAGUUACUGGUGGCAGCUCUUAUUGACCUCGAUGCAAUGGAUGGUAAAAGUAGUGUGUCUCUAUUGGCCGAGAGGGCACUGGCUAAUGCUUUAUCAGCUGCUCCGUCCAUGUGGACUCUUGGAAAUGCUGGCAUGGGUGCACUUCAGAGGCUGGCUGAGGAUAGCAAUCCAGCAAUAGCAGCGGCUGCAAGCAGAACCAUAAACGAACUGAAAAAACAGUGGGAAAUAGAGGAAGAGGACAGCUGGAGGUUCAUGUUGAACCAAACCUUAACACAAUCUCAAUUGAAUGAUGAUAAUGACGAGAAGGAAGACGAUGAUACUUGUGGGCCAGACUAGGAGGAAGCCCACAUUUUUCGUUAUGUAGAUAUUGGGAGGCCCAGAAGUAAUUUCACUUAGGAUCAUAAGUUAACUAAUUAAUGGACUUGAUGUGUGCUCUUGCUCUAUUUGUAAUUUUGUAUCAACAUAAUCAAAUAGCAGAAAGAAAUAAUGUUUCGCGCUGUUUGGUUUCAUGUGGAGCAACAAUGACAUGUUGCCUUUAUGAAUUUAGUGUGCUCUUGCUCUCUGCUCUCUAUGUAUCAACAUCAUCAAAUAGCAAAGAGAUAUAGUAUUUUGUGGUUUGGUUUCAUGUGGAUGCUAUGCUAGCAACAAUGACAUAUUGCCUUUAUGAAUCUGUUGUGCUUGUGGCUUUAGCGUAUAGUGAAUUGAGGAACUGUUGGGAGUAAGUGUGAUUGAUUUAGAAAAUUAGUAAGACUAUUGUAAGAUAAUCUUAAAAGCCCAUUAUCAGCAUCGAGCCCAUAUGUCGGUUUAUAGAAGCCUGACUAUUGUUGCCAUUUACUUUCUUUGGUUAUUU